AUGUCUGACAAUUAUGUAUUCGAUCUUUCUGAUAUUGAAAUAAGCAGUUUAGCUAACACUUUUAUAAAUGCUUUAAUGCUUGUUGACGAGCCAAAAUGCCCAGAGAUCCCUACCGUUGAAUAUUUGAAACUCCACUAUUACAUUGAUAAAUCAUAUAAAGGGAAUAUAUUACCUUAUAAUAAAGAGACACAACUCUCAUUACGUUUAGAAGAUGAAAAGGUCUCAUUACCUUCUCUUAUAAAAGAAGAUGAUGUUUAUGACCUUGUUCAAAAAUUGAACAAUAUUUCUGUUUCUGAGAAUCAGAGUUAUACUGCGGGAAUAGUUAUUCAAUUAGUGACUCGAUUUUUAGUGUAUUCUUUAAAAUUUCGUAGAUGUAUGUCUGCUGUUCCCAAUGAACGUCUUGCUUCAGCUGUAUCGGCUUUGUCGGAUUAUAGAAGUGCUUUGUUAGAUCUUGCAAAUCCUUUUACGACUUUACCGUGUAAUGUUCUUAUUACUGAUUUCUUAGCAAAGACUCAAGAUUUAUUAAAAUUACCUUUUAACCCGUAUACCGAUCCGACUAACGAUGUAAAAGCUGCUAUUAGUGGUAUUUCGCCCUUUCAAAUAACUGGUGGCGCAAUUCAGCCUUUUGAUAAUGAAGCUAGUUUUAUCGAAAAUUUAUACCGUCAAGCUGCUGGUCAAUAUAAAACAUUUGAUAAAGCUUCUCAUAUUGCUGGGUUUAUUACACCUUUUGGAUUUAAAGAGUAUAUACGUCAUAGAAUUCCUAUGAAACGUGUAAUUAAUGGAGCGUACAUCUGUUAUGUGGAUCCUCUGAACAAAACUUACUAUUAUACUACACUCGUUCUUGAUGAAUUUCGGUUUAAAAUUCUAAAAAAUCUUUUAAUUUAUGAAAUUACCUCCGGAAAAGCUGCGUAUAUACACAGUGCUUUGUAUUUUUAUAUGAGCAUGUGUACAAGUGAAGAAGACUUUAAUUUAAUGAAAGAGUACGGCGUUAUUUCUUGGGGCUUUCCAAUGAAAGGCUAUGAAAAAUUCCGGGAAUUAAUGGAUGAAUUAUUAAACAUGAUGUAUUGUUGGAAAUUUUCGAAUACAUGGUCUUGGCAUUCUGAAAUGGUUAAAAUCGCAAAAUUUAAAGUUAAAAAACAAGAUUCUUCUAAUUGGAAUGAUUUUGCUGAAACUUGUUAUACUGGAGGUUUAUUAAAGCAAGUGGUUGCUUCGGCUUUUUUUAAAAGUCUUUCAACAUAA